GUUGCAUUUCGGAGUUCACUGAAAUUUCAUGAAGUGAAAAGCUCUACUUCGCGCUUACUUCCAGCCUAUUCUGCUCCGUCGCUGUUCUUAUAACUUUUCUAUCAAUUCCCUGUGCUCCCGACUGGAACACAAUGGUCAACAUCUGUAUCACCCCUUCGUGUGGUCGACCUUCCACCCUUCGUUGUCCUACAUGCAUCCAGAUGGGAAUCACCACAUCAUUCUUUUGCUCUCAGGAAUGUUUCGAGCAAUUCUGGAAAACACACAAAAAAAUUCAUUCGGCUACAAAAGUCCCCUCGAAUAUCGAUAAAAAUGCAGAUGAAUCUUUCGAAGGCUACGCGUUUACAGGAUCUCUGCGACCAGCAGCGAAGACGCCUACUAGGAAGGUGCCAAAUUCGAUUGGCCGCCCGGAUUAUGCAGAUACUGGAAUUCCUCUUUCUGAGCGACAGGCUAAAAGCUCACACACAAUACUAGUCUUGGAUGAUGAUGAGAUGGAAAGCAUGCGCGUGACCUCCAAGCUUGCUCGCGAGGUGCUUGAGGAGGCUGUGAAUGCUGCCCGCGUUGGAAUCACCACGGAUGAAUUGGACCGCAUUGUACACGAAGCCUGCAUCCAACGUGAAUGCUAUCCGUCACCCCUGAACUACUUCCAAUUUCCGAAAUCUUGCUGCACCUCUAUCAACGAGGUUAUUUGUCACGGCAUUCCAGAUGGGCGUCCUCUCCAGGACGGGGAUAUAUUGAAUCUUGACAUUACAACUUACCACCACGGCUUUCAUGGAGACACCAAUGAAACCAUAUUUGUUGGCACACCAGACGACCGCUCAAUUCGACUGGUCAGAAACGCUUACAAGUGCUUAGCCAAAGCGAUGGACUUUGCUCGUCCUGGGGUAAAGUAUCGGGACGUGGGAUAUGUUAUUAGCAAACAGGCAGCAGCAGAUGGCUUCUCCGUUGUGCGCAGCUAUUCUGGUCAUGGAGUCCAUCGCCUUUUCCAUUGCCCACCAAACGUGCCACACUACUCACGUAACAAAGCAGUUGGUGUGAUGAAGCCUGGUCACUGUUUCACCAUUGAACCCAUGAUUAAUGAAGGCGAUUGGCGUGAUGAGCUGUGGCCCGACAAAUGGACGGCGGUCACUGUGGAUGGCCUUCGCUCAGCUCAAUUUGAGCACACCAUGCUAAUUCUGCCGCCUGAAGCCACAAGUUCCAGUGGUAUGCCAUUAGAAGUGCUGACCAAACGAGUGAUCAAAGGCGAAGAUCCACUGUUCUCCAUCAGCUCCAAUUUCCCCGACGAGGAUAAAUUGCACUACGAACGCUACGGUCGUCCGUACUUUGUGGACCAGUUGCACAAGCUGGGCCUCGAGCGAUGGAUCACUCAAUAGAAUGCUCCUGUACGAUUUCGUCUGCCUCUUCUUACCUCUCCACAGAGUGAUCUGAGAAUUAUUUCUUUUCUUCCGACGCAGUGCUUGCAAAUUAGCUUGUACUCAGAAUGCGUGUAAUGAUUUAUCAUUCUUUGAUCUUGUUUACACGUGUAUAAAACGGAACAUCUCUUCCUUCCAAGUUUCCGCUCCCCACUCUUAUGGCCCCAGUGCGUCGUUGUUUUAUUCACUUCCCCUCGGGCACAAGCUAGCUACGACCAGUGUGGUAAAUCACCUGAUGAACAACGAAAUGUGCAAGUCAAAUUCCUGCGCUGACACUCUCUAACCCCCCUCCCCACCCACGUUGAUUCGAAAUGUAAUUGUUGGUAUACAGCUAUCGGCCGAUAUGCACAUUCACAGUGAAGCAGGUCAAGGCUGGUCUAUUUUAACUUCACCGCUGCGGUCUGGCGGUUUGUGCCAUUUUCUGUGAACGUUGGUCCUGACCAUUGUCGAUCAGAUUGAUGGAUCUGAUGCUAAUACUCCGAGGGGGCGCAGACGAGUUGUUUUGAUAGACAUUGAGUGUUGCAGUUACAGUGCAUUUUGGCUAUGCUGACCGCAUCUUCCGGGAGCUACAGUGAUUCAAUUACAGUGGGCGGCAGUGUGCACUCCUCUUUACUGAAUUUAAGCUAAUACUAAAAUAUCAGAUCAAAGCUGUUCUUGUUCACUUGAAAUGGAAUUCCUCAGACACUGGUGUCAUCUUAGUUUUAGGCGCUUGACACUCAGUUCAUCAGGCGACCCU